AUGUUUCCCACCAUGCAGUUGGAGACCCAUCUGCAUCUCUGUCAGAGCUGUCUAUGGUGCUGCAAGAGUGGACUGCGCCUGCUCUCUCAGAGCUCUGUACAUAGGUACGCUCUCUCCCUCUUUCUUUACAGCAUUUACCUUUAUGCAGAGCUUACAAUGUGUGUGCCUGCCUGUGUGCGCUUGACACUGAUACUUGUCUAAUUACACUGUACUUACACUAGUAUGCGGGCGGCAGGUAGCUUAGUGGUUAAGAGCGUUGUGCCAGUAACCGAAAGGUCGCUGGUUCUAAUCCCCGAGCCGACUAGGUGAAAGAUCUGUCGAUGUGCCCUUGAGCAAGGCACUUAACCCUAAUUGCUCCUGUAAGUCGCUCUGGAUAAGAGCGUCUGCUAAAUGACUAAAAUGUAAAUGUAAAUGUAUGCUGAUGAUAGUGGUCUGUUUAGAGGCAGUGUUCAGUCCAUGGUCCCAAUACUGUAUGUAUUUGAUUAAUUAUUUACCUUUUUUUGAACAGAGAAGACAUAUUGAGACCUAGGUCUCUUUUACAAAUGCACCUUGUAUAUACAACAUACAUAUACACAUUAUGCUAUAUAUAUAUAUAUAUAUAUAUAUAUAUAUUACACAGUACCAGUCAAACAUUUGGACACACCUACUCAUUCAAGGUUUUUUCUUUAUUUUUACUAUUGUCUACAUUGUAGAAUAAUAGUGAAGACAUACCACAUGGAAUCAUGUAGUAACCAUUUUUUUAAAAAACAAAUCAAAAUAUAUUUUUGAUUUUAGAUUCUUCAAAGUAGCCACCCUUUGCCUUGAUGACAGCUUUGCACACUCUUGCAUUCUCUCAACCAGCUUCAUGAGGAAUGCUUUUCCAACAGUCUUGAAGGAGUUCCCACAUAUGCUGAGCACUUGUUGGCUGCUUUUCCUUCACUCUGCGGUCCAACUCAUCCCAAACCAUCUCAAUUGGGUUGAGGUCAGGUGAUUGUGGAGGCCAGGUCAUCUCAUGCAGCACUCCAUCACUCUCCUUGGUCAAAUAGCCCUUACACAGCCUGGAGGUGUGUUUUGGGUCAUUGUCCUGUUGAAAAAUAAAUGAUAGUCCCACUAAGCGCAAACCAGAUGGGAAGGCGUAUCGCUGCAGAAUGCUGUGGGAUCCAUGCUGGUUAAGUGUGCCCUUGAAUUCUAAAUAAAUCACAGACAGUGUCACCAGCAAAGCACCAUCACACCUCCUCCUCCAUACUUCAUGGUGGGAACCACACAUGCAGAGAUGUUCAGCUACUCUGCGUCUCACAAAGACACGGCAGUUGGAACCAAAAAUCUCAAAUUUGGACUCAUCAGACCAAAGGACAGAUUUCCACUGGUCUAAUGUCCAUUGCUUGUGUUUCUUGGCCCAAGCAGGUCUCUUCUUCUUAUUGGUGUCCUUUAGUAGUGGUUUCUUUGCAGCAAUUCGACCAUGUUGAUGUUGAGAUGUCUGUUACUUGAACUCUUUGAAGCAUUUAUUUGGGCUGCAAUUUAUGAGGCUGGUAACUCUAAUGAACUUAUCCUCUGCAGCAGAGAUAACUCUGGGUCUUCCUUUCCUGUGGCUGUCCUCAUGAGAGCCAGUUUCAUCAUAGCGCUUGAUGGUUUUUGCGACUGCACUUGAUAAAACAAGUUCUUGAAAUGUUCCGCAUUGACUGACCUUCAUGUCUUAAGGUAAUGAUGGACUGUCGUUUCUCUUUGCUUAUUUGAGCUGUUCUUGCCAUAAUAUGGACUUGUUCUUUUACCAAAUAGGGCUAUCUUCUGUAUACCACCCCUACCAUGUCACAACAACUGAUUGGCUCAAACGCAUUAAGAAGGAAAGAAAUUCCACAAAUUAACUUUUAACAAGGCACACCUGUUCAUUGAAAUGCAUUCCAUGUGACUACUUCAUGAAGCUGGUUGAGAGGAUGCCAAGAGUGUGCAAAAGCUGUCAUCAAAUAUAUUUGGAUUGUUUUUUUUUCUCACUUUUUUGGUUACUAUAUGAUUCCAUAUGUGUUAUUUCAUAGUUUUGAUGUCUUCACUAUUAUUCUACAAUGUAGAAAAUAGUAAAAACAAAGAAAAACCCUUGAACGAGUAGGUGUGUCCAAACCUUUGACUGGUACUGUGUAUUUAUAUAUAUGUGUGUGUGUGUGUGUGUGUGUGUGUGUGUGUGUGUGUGUGUGUGUAAGGAAAAACACAGUCAUGGGAAGCAUAAAUAAAACAUCACAAAUCACCCAGAAAAACUUUUACAUUCCUCCACUAAUAAGUCCCCAAUCAAUACUUUAAAUUGCCCAAACGGCACCAGAACAUCAAGAUUAAAUUUAUUUUGAAUUUUGUUACAGCAAUACUGUGCGUUAAAACUAAAAGCAGAUUUACCUAGCUCGGUGGAGACCCUAGGAACCUCGAGUUAACCAAUCCUGUGAACGGGUUAAGCAACUCUGGUGUCUCUACUUCAACAGCAAAGUUGGAUAAGACAGAAGUUUAUGAAGUAGGGCCUUGUAAACAAAAAGGGAGUAAUGUAGAGAUCUAUGGGUCUUUAGCGAAGUCCAGCCAACCUUUUGAUAUAGGAUACAGUGAUAAGUAUCAAAACUGUCACCUGUAACAAAACGAAGGGCACUGUGGUGGAUUGCAUCCAAAUGUUUAAGAGUAGUAGCAGCUGCACUUUGAUAAAUAAUAUCACCAUUAUCAAGAACAGAUAAAAAGGUUGACUGAAUAAUCUGCUUCCUACUGCUUAGAGAAAGACAAUCUAGAAAACACCAACUUUAAAUCUUAGCUUCUUAACCAGCUCAUAUAUACUGAACAAAAAUAUACUGAGUUACAGUUCAUAUAAGGAAAUCAGUCAAUUUAAAUACAUUCAUUAGGCCCAAAUCUAUGGUUUUCACAUGACUGGGCAGAGGCCCACCCACUGGGGAGCCAGGCCCAGCCAAUCAGAAUGAGUUUUUCCCCACAAAAGGGCUUUAUUACAGACAGAAGAACUCCUCAGUUUCAUCAGCUGUCUGGGUGGUUGGUCUCAGACGAUCCCGCAGGUGAAGAAGCCUGAUGUGGAGGUCCUGGGCUGUCGUGGUUACACGUGGUCUGCGGUUGUGAGGCCGGUUGGACAUACUGCCAAAUUCCCUAAAACCACGUUGGAGGCAGCUUAUGGUAGAGAAAUUAACAUUAAAUUCUCUGCCAACAGCUCUGGUGGACAUUCCUGCAGUCAACAUGCCAAUUGCACGCUCCCUCAACUUGAGACAUCUGUGGCAUUGUGUUGUGACAAAACUGCACAUUUUAGAGUGGCCUUUUAUUGUCCCCAGUACAAGGUGCACCUGUGUCAUGCUGUUUAAUCAGCUUCUUGAAUGCCACACCUGUCAGGUGGAUGGAUUAUUUUGGCAAAGGAGAAAUGCUCACUAACAGGGAUGUAAACAAAUUUGUGCACAACAUUUGAGAGAAAUAAGCUUUUGUGCGUAUGGAACAUGUCUGGGAUCUUUUAUUUCAGCUCAUGAAACGUGACCAACACUUUACAUGUUGUGUUUAUAUUGUUGUUCAGUAUAUAUGUUUUUUUAAAUGUCAAAUCCACAUCAAUACAAAUGCCUUAGUAUUUACAGUGGCUUGCGAAUGUAUUCACCCCCCUUGGCAUUUUUCCAAUUUUGUUGCCUUACAACCUGGAAUUAAAAUUGAUUUUUGGGGGGUUUGUAUCAUUUGAUUUACACAACAUGCCUACCACUUUGAAGAUGCAAAAUAUUUUUUCUUGUGAAACAAACAAGAAAUAAGACAAAAAAACAGAACUUGAGCGUGCAUAACUAUUCACCACCCCAAAGUCAAUACUUUGUAGAGCCACCUUUUGCAGCAAUUACAGCUGCAAGUCUCUUGGGAUAUGUCUCUAUAAGCUUGGCACAUCUAGCCACUGGGAUUUUUGCCCAUUCUUCAAGGCAAACUGCUCCAGCGCCUUCAAGUUGGAUGGGUUCCGCUGGUGUACAGCAAUCUUGAAGUCAUACCACAGAUUCUCAAUUGGAUUGAGGUCUGGGCUUUGACUAGGCCAUUCCAAGACAUUUAAAUGUUUCCCGUUAAACCACUCAAGUGUUGCUUUAGCAGUAUGCUUAGGGUCAUUGUCCUGCUGGAAGGGGAACCUCCAUCCCAGUCUCAAAUCUCUGGAAGACUGAAACAGGUUUCCCUCAAGAAUUUCCCUGUAUUUAACGCCAUCCAUCAUUCCUUCAAUUCUGACCAGUUUCCCAGUCCCUGCCGAUGGAAAAACAUCCCCACAGCAGGAUGCUGCCACCACCAUGCUUCACUGUGGGGAUGGUGUUCUCGGGGUGAUGAGAGGUGUUGGGUUUGCGCCAGACAUUUUCCUUGAUGGCCAAAAAGCUCAAUUUUAGUCUCAUCUGACCAGAGUACCUUCUUCCAUAUGUUUGGGGAGUCUCCCACAUGCCUUUUGGCAAACACCAAACGUAUUUGCUUAAUUUUUUUCUGGCCACUCUUCUGUAAAGCCCAGCUCUGUGAAGUGUACGGCUUAAAGUGGUCCUAUGGACAGAUACUCCAAUCUCUGCUGUGGAGCUUUGCAGCUCCUUCACGGUUAUCUUUGGUCUCUUUGUUGCCUCUCUGAUUAAUGCCCUCCUUGCCUGGUCCGUGAGUUUUGGUGGGCGGCCCUUUCUUGGCAGGUUUGUUGUGGUGCCAUAUUCUUUCCAUUUUUUAAUAAUGGAUUUAAUGGUGCUCCGUGGAAUGUUCAAAGUUUCAGAUAUUUUUUUUAUAACCCAACCCUGAUCUGUACUUCUCCACUACUUUGUCCCUGACCUGUUUGGAGAGCUCCUUGGUCUUCAUGGUGCCGCUUGCUUGGUGGUUCCCCUUGCUUAGUGGUGUUGCAGACUCUGGGGCCUUUCAGAACAGGUGUAUAUAUACUGAGAUCAUGUGACAGAUCAUGUGACACUUGGAGUGCACACAGGUGGACUUUAUUUAACUAAUUAUGUGACUUCUGAAGGUAAUUGGUUGCACCAGAUCUUAUUUAGGGGCUUCAUAGCAAAGGGGGUGAAACAAGUUAUUUUUUUCAUUUCACUUCACCAAUUUUGACUAUUUUGUGUAUGUCCAUUACAUGAAAUCCAAAUAAAAAUCCAUUUAAAUUACAGGUUGUAAUGCAACAAAAUAGGAAAAAUGCCAAGGGGGAUGAAUACUUUUGCAAGGCAGUGGAUAUGUGGGAACACUUUAGAUUGGAGAACCAUCUGUUGAGUGAACAUGUAGUUCAUCGGAAACAUUCUUAUGAGAGUUUGAAAACAACAUGUAUUUCGUUUUGCCUGUAUUAAGUACAAGUUUUAAAUCAGCAAGGUCGUUUUGACACAGCCAGAUCAACAGUUGGGGCAAUAGCAUACAUAAUAGUAUCAUCCGCAUAUAGAUGAAGUUUUCCAUUUUUAACAGAUUGACCGACAGUGUUUAUAUAAAUAGUGAAGAGAACAUGUCCCAAAAUCAACCCCUGUGGUCCAUCUUUAUGUACUUCAAGAAAUUCAGACUUAACCCCAUUAAUCACGAUGGCCUGAGUUCUGUCACUAAGAUAGUCAUGAAACCAUGAACAGGUGUCAGAGCUCAGGCCUAUCUUAUUUAAUAAAAUAGCAUGAUCAACAGUAUCAAAAGCUUUUGACGGGUCGACAAAUAAAGCAGCAUAUUUCAUUGUAGUGUCUAAAGCAUCGACAAGAUCAUUAACAACUAAAGUGGUUGCUGUAAUAGUGCUAUGGCCAGGCCUAAAACCUGAUUGGUUUACAUUCAAACUACAUUUCUAAGAUAAAAAUAAGCAAAGUUGUACAUUUACCAAGGAUUCAAGAAUCUUAGCUAGACAAGGAAGCCAUGAAAUGGGGCGAUAAUUAUUAAGAUCACCACUAUCCCUGCCCUUAUGGAGUGGCAGCACCAGAGCUGAUUUCCAUACUUUUGGAAUAUUUCUUGAUAACAAUGUUAAAUAAAAAAUAUGGGUUAUUGAGCCAACAAUGACAGGCGCUGCACACUUAAGCAGACCGGGAUCCAAUUGGUCAGCCUCUGUGGAUCUCUUGUCUAUUUGUAGCAAAGCAUCCAGACUUCUUUUUCUGUAAAUAGACUAAAAGAAAAGCUUUAACUAUAAUUUCUCUGAUCAUUCAGUAAGUUUACCCAAUCAGCAUCCAGCCCAAUAACAUUGUGAAUAGGCUUAGAAGUUCUUUCAAAGAGAUAGCCGCUGAAAUGAAAUAGUGAUUAAAUGCAUCAAUGAUGGCAUUUUUUCCCCGUAAUGAGGCCAGUGUCUGAAUUAAUUUGUUGUGGCAGAGAGGAGGAAGUAGAAUCCUUCAGGGAUUUGACAGUUUUUUUCCUGAAUUUUGCCAGGUUCCCAUUACAAUCCGAAUGAGUGGUUACAUAAUAAUCAGAUUUAGCCUUUCUGAUUGGUCUUACACAAUGAUUCCUCAGUUGUUAAAAGCUUUCCAGUCCGGGCCCGUGAUCCCAGUACUGUGUGUUGUCACUCUGUUUAAUUAGCAUUCAUUGUGUCUCAUUGCAGAGCGGCAGUAAACUAGUACAACCUUCUUGGUGUAAAACCUGAUGCCUCACUAGAGCAAAUAAAGAAUGCAUUUUUUGACAAAUCAAAAAAGGUACGACAAUCUCCUAGCCUAUCAUUUAAAAGCUUCACAUACUUAGUAAAUGUAGGAAAGGCACAGUUCAAGCAGCACAGAUUUAGGGUUUGUUGCAUGACAGUUUAUAUUGCAGCAUCUCUGUCCAACCACACGAGUGCACUCUUGCACAGUAUUUUUCUACUUUCUUCCAACAUGACAUUCCCACGGUGUUCAUGUAUAAUAUAUUAUAUUUAUUUUGUUGUUGUGAGGAUCUCUAUGUUAACAGGGCUGUACAGUAUGUUUACCAGUAUAUAUCUGUGUUGUGUGAGCAGUGGUCAAUUUUAGCAUGUAAAUCUUGGUGGGGAAAACUCCAAACAUUUUUUUCUUUGAUGCAUGCCAGCAAAGCCACUACAGAACACAACACAACACUAAACAAUACAUGAAUUGCACUAUAACGGUGACAAACGGUGCCCACAAACUGUUAGGGCCUACAUAAAGCUGUCCCAACAGCAGAGCUUUCUUUUCAGCACCAUGGAGUGAAUCCUUACCACUGCUACACCUGGCUGUCAACAGAGCCUUGUCUGGCAGCGACAACAGUUAAUUCAGCCUAAUUUACUGCCUUUAAAAAAAACAUAGCUGAUAUGGCUGACUUGCUUAAACAAAUGCGGUUUCUACUGACAAUUGAGAUGUACAAACUAUGGCAUAAGAGGACGACGAGCGGAUAAGAGGCAAUCCAUAAUUCGAUUAAGACAUUAAUGAGUGAGCUAGGAUGGACCUAGUCAAUGUAACUAUUUGUUCAGCACUUUUGGAAAUGUACAGCAACAGAAUUCAGAACAUGGGCCGUUCUUAUAGUGUUCUCCCUGUACACCAAGUCAGAACCGUAGGAUAAAUAAAGGGGGCAUAUAAGCAGACAAUGAAAGCUCUUACAAUAUUAGAUGAUUACAUUUCUCUAAAACAGGUUAUAGGCUACAUGUUCACUACCACGUCAGAACAGUAGGCUAAGUUAUGAGGAGGAAAGGGACCAAAUUAUUAGGGUGAGGCACAUGGGCUACUAACAGCUUACUACACAACAUACACUUAGUAUUACUUUCUUACAUACAGUAUACAUAUCUCCCUGGCAUAUUACAUCAUUUAUGCAGCAGCAUACAAUACAUUUUUGGACUCACCUUGUUGUGCUGUGGUCACUUGAACAGGAAGGUGGCGCGGCAGUCUUUGUGGGCGAAUUUUGUCAUCAAACUUUGUCAUCAAAGUCUGGCAUUCUCUGGAUUUAUGGUGCUUUCAAGACAACUGGGAACUCUGGAAAAAAAACAAGGUCGAAUCAUGACGUCAGUGAUCUUCAGGUCAGAGCUCUAGAAAGAGGACCGAGUUCCCGACUUUGAAUUCCGAGUUGGAUGACUAUUCAAAACGUAUUUUCCCAGUCAGAGCUAGUUUUUUUCGAAGUUCCCAGUUGUCUUGAACUCACUGAAGUCUGAGAUUUCCCAGUUCCGAGUUUCCAGUUGUUUUGAACAUGGCAGAAGUCAUGCUGGAUUGACAGCAUGACCCAUGUUGAAUGUUUAUCCUUUUAAGCUUGGAAAAGAGACCCUUAAACCGAGACUUGUACCACACACCCACUCCACUGAUUGCUUUGCAAUGCUUGCAGUUAGCCACUGAUUUCCAACUUGUUGUGUAACGUUUAUGUCCAAUGGCCGAUGAGCACCGAUACGUUUUAUCUAUAAUUUCUCUUCAUAAUUUAUCUUCAUAUGACAAGGAUUGAAAAGGAUUGCCAGUAGAUUGUCGACUUGAUUCAUGAUGAUGACUGCUAGCUAAGAUUUUGAAAGUAUGAUGUUGACAUGAUCAGUCCAAUCAAAGCUACGGUAGAUAUAACGUGAUUUUACAUUUUAUCUGUGGCCAAUGAUCUUGAGCCUUCUUGGAAGGGCACUUCUAAUGUAACUCUAUGACAGCACCCAAGGGGCUUGAAUUUACGAGCUCUCCCCGUAGAUGACAGAACACUGAGCCAAUCAUGGUACAACUAGAGAACAUUACCAACCCCUACGCUCCGUAUUUUCCGCUGGCUGUCCCACCACCACAGAAAGGUCUCCCUCUCUCUGACUCCCUCUCUCUGACUCCCUCUCUCUGUCUACCUCUCUCUGUCUCCCUCUCUCAGAGCGGAGGCUCAGGAGAGUAUGCGCUACUGGUAUCAGUUCAAACGCUCUCAGCCUCAGGAGACCAUGGCUGAGGAGUGGGGGAGGAAGAAUAACUUUUAGAAUAGUUAGCUACUGUAUGCUCAUCAUGUGACUGAGCAUCAGCGCUCACGUUCUCUUCAGGUAACAUCAUGGGGAAAGAUCAGAGUGAAAUUGAUACUGUAUGUAUGUAUGUACACUCUCAUAGUUAAAUAAGAAAUGCAGUAAUUCUGUCACGUUCAAGGAAGGUAAUCUGUCACUCCUAAACCAAAUGCAUUUCUGAAUUCUGCCAAACAUCUGUGCCAAAAUGUCACAAUUGCCUAUUACUGCUAUUACUAUAUUGUUACUCAUUCAUAGUCUAGACUAAAUAGUCUGGAGACUCAGAUAACUGUCUGUCUGUAGGCACAGGUGCCCCUGGCUCAGACCCAGGUUAUGCUGUCAUAGAUCUGGUAAUCUGUGUUUUUGCACGUUGAAUUGGCAGCAUUUUUAUUGUUUGUAGAGAUUCAACUUUUCCUGGUAUAUGACUUACAUUUGUACUAGUACAGAAUAAUAAAACAUGAAUAAUAAUGAAAAUGCCAAUUCAACUGCCAACGCUAUUCCUCUGUGUGCUGUGUGGACGUCUGUGUUGUCUGACAGGUGUCUCUCUGUCUUCCGGUCACACAGAAAGUUGGAGUGUGUCCAUAACAACUUCAUGGACGAGAAGGACGGUCAUCACACAGAUCUACAACGAGUCCAAAGAGAGGGCAAGGUGUGUGAAACAUAUUAUUACAUGUAUUAUGACUUAUUACCCAGUUAUUACAUGUUAUUACACUGUUGUAGUUACGGUAGUGGUAAUAAUCAAUAUUGCAUGGAAUAUGUAUUCAUAUGAUUUGUUGGUAUGAUAUACCUGAGGCAGGAACUGAUUGUAUAUUUCUUCAUUUUGAUUUCGCAGAGUGAACGGGUUUAAGAAGCAGACAGAGAUUCUCAAACAGAAACAUGCAGAGUUCCUGGAGAAAUACAAAAUCACUCGCAACAGUGGAGAGGGCAAGUAG